AGGAGCCAGCAUCGUCGCUAGUUACUAGGCAGGGAGGUGGAGAUGUUAGAAGACGGCUCAUGUGAUUUGUCAUGUGACAGCAGAUCAGCUGAAAGGCAGAAUGGGACUGCGAGCCUGCCUCCUAGGGCUGUUUGCCCUCAUCGUCGCCAGCAAAUGCAGUUACAGCCCGGAGCCUGACCAACAGCGAACGCUGCCCCAUGGCUGGGUGUCCCUGGGCCGUGUGGACCCUGAGGAAGAGCUGAGUCUCACCUUUGCCCUGAGACAGCAGAACCUGAAGAGACUCUCAGAGCUGGUGCAGGCUGUGUCGGAUCCUGGUUCUCCUCGUUACGGAAAAUACCUGGCCCUAGAGGAUGUGGCUGAGCUGAUACGGCCAUCACCACUGACCCUCCACACAGUCCAAAAAUGGCUGUUGGCAGCUGGAGCCCAGAACUGCCAUUCAGUCAUCACACAGGACUUUCUGACUUGCUGGCUGAGCGUUCGGCAGGCUGAGCUGCUGCUCCCUGGAGCUGAGUUUCAUCGCUACAUGGGAGGACCUGAAAAGACUCGUGUUGUAAGGUCCCUACGUCCCUACCAGCUCCCUCAGGCCUUGGCACCUCAUGUGGACUUUGUAGGGGGACUUCAUCGUUUUCCCCCCACAUCAUCCCUGAGACAACGCCCUGCACCACAAGUGGCAGGAACUGUUGGCCUGCACCUGGGAGUGACUCCAUCUGUAAUCCGUGAGCGAUACAACUUGACAGCACAAGAUGUGGGCUCUGGCACCACCAACAACAGCCAGGCUUGUGCCCAGUUCCUGGAGCAGUACUUCCACGAGUCAGACUUGGCAGAGUUCAUGCACCUCUUUGGUGGCAAGUUUGUGCACCUGGCAUCAGUGUCCCACGUGGUUGGAAAACAAGGCCGGGGCCGGGCUGGGAUUGAGGCCAGUCUAGAUGUGGAAUACCUGAUGAGUGCUGGCGCCAACAUCUCCACAUGGGUCUACAGUAAUGCUGGCCGCCAUGAGGCACAGGAACCCUUCCUGCAGUGGCUCCUGCUGCUCAGUAACGAGUCAGCCCUGCCACCUGUGCAUACUGUGAGCUAUGGAGAUGAUGAAGACUCCCUCAGCAGUGCCUACAUCCAGCGAGUCAACACCGAGUUCAUGAAAGCUGCGUCUAGGGGUCUCACCCUGCUCUUUGCCUCAGGUGAUAGUGGGGCUGGGUGUUGGUCUGUCUCUGGAAGACACCAGUUCCGUCCCAGCUUCCCUGCUUCCAGCCCCUAUGUCACCACAGUGGGAGGCACUUCCUUCCAAAACCCUUUCCGAGUCACAAAUGAGGUAGCUGACUAUAUCAGUGGUGGUGGCUUCAGUAAUGUGUUCCCACAGCCUUCAUACCAGAAGGAAGCUGUAGCCCAGUUCCUGAAAUCUAGCCCCCACCUGCCACCAUCCAGUUACUUCAAUGCCAGUGGCCGUGCAUAUCCAGAUGUUGCUGCACUUUCUGAUGGCUACUGGGUGGUCAGCAAUGGUAUCCCCAUUCCAUGGGUAUCUGGAACCUCGGCCUCUACUCCAGUGUUUGGAGGAAUUCUUUCCUUGAUAAAUGAGCACAGAAUUCUCAAUGGCCACCCACCUCUUGGCUUUCUCAACCCAAGGCUCUACCAGCAGCGUGGGGCAGGACUUUUUGAUGUAACCCAUGGCUGCCACGAGUCCUGUCUGAAUGAAGAGGUGGAGGGUGAAGGUUUCUGCUCUGGCCCUGGCUGGGAUCCUGUAACAGGCUGGGGAACACCCAACUUCCCAGCUCUACUGAAGACUCUACUCAACCCUUGACCCUUUCCUGCCAGGAAAGCUGACCAAUCCCCUGCUGUAUGGCUUAGCCCCUUGUCCUGGCUUGUUGGAAGCCCUGCUGAAUCCUCAAUCACGACUGCAGUAGUCAGCUUAUAUCCCUAACCCUGAAAAGCUGUGAACUUAAUUCCCAACCCUGCCCUCCUCUAUCAUUCUCAGGUCUGCCUAUUCCUGCCUCAGGUUCCUUAACAAACAGCUAUAACCAGCACUUUUGCCAGCCCCUCCCCAACUCUUCCCCUGUCCAAGCAGGGAUGUGAAUAUAGAGGAAGGAAAUGUAACCUGUUAGUACCCAGAUUUUUUUACUUUAGGGUCUUCCUAUCAUAUUUGUCUGCUGCCAUUCCUUUGCUUCUAGGAUUAACUUCUUUGAUCACCAUCUUCCUCCUUUAUAGACUUGUUUUCUGCUUCCUCAUGGAAUACUAGCCUUCUUCCACUGCCCAUCUUUAGCUCUUUGGUCUUUUCAUUUUACUUACUGUCCCCUGAAACAAAUCACUAGGCAUCACCAUCAGGUUAAAUCAAACUUUCUAUCCAAUUGAUAGAUCAAAUGUAAGAUGCGUAACAUUUAACAUCUCGGUCUCCCUUUGUCUGAAUCCAAACUGUAUCUCAUUUCUUCUCAGUAAUGAUACUAUACUUCUUUCAAGCAAGCCCAAAGCCUCGUUUUUCCCCACCUCCCUAGUUCAGUUAUCUCUGUAAGAUUGCUUCCUCAUUUGUUAAGUGAGGAUAGCAAUACUUGCCUUUCAAAAUCAGGGAAUAACAUGAAGUGGAAUAAUGUUAAUAGAGUAACUGGUGUGUGGAAUUUGAUAAAUGUUAAUUCUCACGGCCCCUUGCACACCCUGCCUACCUCUGGCAUUGUAAUGACAAUAUUGAAACUGUCAGUUUGCCUCCCUUUUCAAGACCAUGUUGGUGCCCAAAGGACUAACUUUCCUAGGUCCUAUCUCAGGAGUUGGCAAAUAGAAAUUAAAUGUCUAUCAAACCGAAAA